GCCAUCCCCGCUCCAGGGUGGAGGUCGGAGGUCACUGCCAAGCAUGGCGUCUGCCUGGGGCCCUGGCGUGGCAUCUGUCGUUGGUCCCAUGGGCCUCCUUGUGGUCCUGCUAGUCGGAGGCUGCACGGCAGAAGAGCCCCCCAGGUUUAUCAAAGAACCCAAAGACCAGAUUGGUGUGUCAGGGGGCGUGGCCUCCUUCGUGUGUCAGGCCACGGGCGACCCCAAGCCACGGGUGACCUGGAAUAAGAAGGGCAAGAAGGUCAACUCUCAGCGCUUUGAGACAAUCGAGUUUGAUGAGAGUGCAGGGGCUGUGCUGAGGAUCCAGCCACUGCGGACACCCCGGGAUGAAAAUGUGUACGAGUGUGUGGCCCAGAACUCGGUUGGGGAGAUCACGGUCCAUGCCAAGCUCACUGUCCUCCGAG